GACUAGUUUUUCAAAAGCUUAAAGGCCCUAAACUACUAAUGGGAGAUAUUAUGACUGGUGAGAAGCAUGUCAAGGAAGUAAAUGAAGAAACUGAUGUUGAAUUUAAGUGGGGUAAUAAGUUGGAAGUUGAUGAGCAGAAUCCGACCAGUCAACUUUAUGAAUCCUUUGUAUAUGAUGGUAUUGAGUAUUCUCUUUUUGAUUGUGUCUAUUUUGGGCCUGAGCCUGUGUUUAGUGUUGGUAAGCUUGUAAAAAUAUGGGAGCUACCAAACCAUGAAAGGAUGGUGGAGGUUGUAUGGUUUUUUCGUCCCGAAGAAAUAAGAGAUUUGUUUGGAGAUGAUGAGUCACUUCAAAAUGAACUACUUUUAGCAUCUGGGGAAGGCAGAGGCCUUUCCAAUGUCAAUGUUCUGGAAGCUAUUUCUGGGAAAUGUAAUGUUGUUUGCGCAUCAAAGGACAGGCGCAAUCCUCAACCUUCUAAAGUAGAAUUAAGUAUGGCUGAUUUUACAUUCUAUCGAACUUUUGAUGUUGGAAGCUGCAGGGCAGUAGAUAACUUUCCAGAUACAAUAGCCGGAAUAAAAGUGGAGUACUUUUUCAACAGAAGUGAUCAAAGGCUCCUUUAUCCUGGUACGGUCCCACCAAAUUUGAAUGAAUCAGUGGAAACAUCAACUAGACCAUCAAAUAUUCAGCAGCCUAAGUCAGUAGGAAAAACAUUCAAUUGUAACAGUUAUGGCACCAAACUGAGUCCAAUUGCUGAAGGUAGCCUCUAAAGGAACUUUUUGCAUAUAAAGUCUGUAUUUAUUUCUUUAAUGUCAUUCAAAAAAUCCAUUGAAGCGGCAUCUCACUCUGGUUAAGAAGUGCAUUUCUCAGAUAAGAAGGACAAAACUCGGUUUGUUGGAAUCUCUUCUGAAGGCAAAACCCAGUUAAAAUAUGAGGUUUUCUCAGAAAAGGAUGUUCCUGAAAAUCGAACUAUGAAGAGGAUAAAGUAUCUUGCUCUUUCUGAGGACCUAGAAUUGCAGUCCUAUGGUUCACCUUGUCUAAAGCUUAGGGCAAAGGGGAAAAAGUUUGGUCCCAUAAAUAGAGAUUUGGACAGAAUGGAUUUUCCAUACCAGGACCAAAAAAUCUCCAAGGGAGAAACAAUGGUGCGAAAGCCAAGCAAGUUUGGAAA